GCCUGCGUCUUCCUCUUCUCUCCCUCUCCUGGCGCCUUUCUCCCAGGUCCUCUCGAGCUCUUCUUCUUCUUCUUUUUUUUUUAAUUCAUUGCUUUAUUGUUUCUUAUCGUUUAUCUGUUCCAUUAUUAUUUUUUCUUGUCCUUUGCAAUAAUCAUCAUCAUGUCGGGUAAAAUGACGCUGUACAAGCUGGUGGUGCUGGGGGACGGGGGUGUGGGCAAGACGGCGCUCACCAUUCAGCUCUGUUUGAAUCACUUCGUCGAGACGUACGACCCCACCAUCGAAGACUCGUACCGUAAGCAGGUCGUGAUCGACCAGCAGUCGUGUAUGCUGGAGGUGCUGGACACGGCGGGCCAGGAGGAAUAUACGGCGCUGAGGGACCAGUGGAUCCGUGACGGCGAGGGGUUCGUGCUCGUCUACAGCAUCACCUCGCGGCCGUCCUUUUCCCGCAUCCAGAAGUUCUACCAGCAGAUCAAGAUGGUCAAGGAGUCCGCCCACUCGGGCUCCCCCUCGGGCGCCAGCUACCUGACCUCGCCCAUCCACUCGCCCGCCGCCGGUCCCCCGCUGCCCAUCCCCGUCAUGCUCGUCGGCAACAAGAGCGACAAGGGCGUCGAGCGCGCCGUCUCCGCCCAGGAAGGCCAGGCCCUCGCCAAGGAGCUCGGCUGCGAGUUCGUCGAGGCCUCCGCCAAAAACUGCAUCAACGUCGAAAAGCAGGCCCAGCUCGGCGGCGUGCGCCCCCAGGACCGCCGGCCUACGGGCUUCGGCGCUGGGCCCAUUCGCGACCGCAACGCUGACCCGGAGUAUCCCAAAUCCUUCCGUCCUGAUCGCUCGCGCCACAAGAGUCUCAAGUGUGUCGUCUUGUAAUUGAAGGAAGAAAAAAAAAACAAGCCUGGAAGCUUCUCUCCCCCAACUUCUCUGUCCAUAUCUUGCCCUCGACGGUUUCACUCUUGUUU